UCAAAUUCUGCUUUUCAUUUGCCAGUCAUUGUUGAGUGAAUAUUUAUAAAGUAAAGUUUUUAUUGUGAAAGAUGACUCAAAUGGAUGCUGAACGUGAAAAAGCGCUUCAAGACUACAGAAAGAAGCUGCUAGAGCAUAAAGAGGUGGAGUCCCGCUUAAAAGAAAUGCGGGAGCAACUUAAAGAUCUAACCAAGCAGUAUGAUAAGUCAGAAAAUGAUUUGAAAGCUUUGCAGAGCAUGGGCCAAAUUGUUGGAGAGGUGCUUAAGCAGCUCACAGAAGAAAAAUUCAUUGUAAAAGCCACAAACGGCCCCCGUUACGUAGUGGGAUGUCGGAGGCAAUUGGACAAAGCAAAAUUGAAAGCAGGAACUCGAGUAGCCUUAGACAUGACCACAUUAACAAUUAUGAGAUAUUUACCAAGGGAAGUCGAUCCCCUAGUAUACAAUAUGAGCCAUGAAGAUCCUGGAGAUGUAACUUACUCUGCUAUUGGUGGAUUGUCUGAGCAAAUUCGCGAACUUCGUGAAGUCAUUGAACUUCCAUUGCUUAAUCCUGAAUUGUUCAUGAGGGUUGGCAUUACACCUCCCAAAGGCUGUUUGCUAUAUGGCCCCCCUGGAACUGGUAAAACUUUGUUGGCCAGAGCUGUGGCUUCACAGCUGGAUGCUAAUUUCUUGAAGGUAGUAUCUAGUGCUAUAGUUGACAAAUACAUUGGCGAGUCUGCUAGACUUAUUAGAGAAAUGUUCAAUUAUGCCAAAGAUCACCAGCCAUGUAUCAUAUUUAUGGAUGAAAUUGAUGCCAUUGGUGGUAGAAGAUUCUCUGAGGGUACAUCCGCCGAUCGUGAGAUCCAGCGUACUCUGAUGGAACUGUUGAAUCAAAUGGAUGGAUUUGACUCUCUUGGACAGGUGAAAAUGAUUAUGGCUACAAACAGACCUGAUACUUUGGAUCCUGCCCUGCUGCGUCCCGGUCGUCUUGACAGAAAAAUCGAAAUUCCACUUCCUAAUGAACAAGCUAGAUUGGAGAUCCUUAAAAUCCAUGCUGGUCCAAUUGCCAAACUUGGAGAUAUUGAUUAUGAAGCUAUUGUAAAACUUUCAGAUACCUUUAACGGCGCUGAUUUAAGGAAUGUAUGCACAGAAGCUGGACUUUUUGCCAUUAGAUCAGAAAGGGAAUUUGUAGUUCAAGAAGAUUUUAUGAAAGCUGUAAGGAAGGUCUCAGAUAAUAAGAAGUUAGAGAGCAAAUUGGACUAUAAACCUGUAUAAUUUAAAUUAUUUAAGUUUUCAAUAUUUACAUACCUUUUAAGUUCAAUAUAUUUCUUAACACUC